GCCACUUUCCUGGAAGACAGGGCACUAAGUUGAAAGCUUUAUAGUUCAUUUACUCGCCAAUUCGGAGGGGGCUUCUUUGGGUGAUCGUCCACUUUUAUGUUCAAGGAAUCGGAUAGUUUGAAAAGCUGAACAUGGGUGGGCAGAGCAUAGCACACGCUCUUCUGAUCCCCCACAUUAAUCCCAUGAUGCAGCUCGCCUGAAAGCUUGUCUCCGUUGGUUUCCUCAUUACCUUCCUCAACACCGAUUUCAAUCACAACCAAAUAAUGCAAGCAAAGACUAAAACCCAUAUCCAUAAUGACUGCGACAGAAUCCGAAUGAUAUCCAUUCCUGAUGGAUUGCCGCCGGAUGACAGGCGCACCAACGUUCCAAAUCUAUUGCAGGCAUUAGAAAACAGCAUGGCACCAUCCGUCAUUGAGAGGAUUAUUGAGGAGAUAAACAAGAGGGAAGAAGACCACAAUAUCACCGGUAUAAUAGCAGAUGUGUGGACAUAUUCCGUGUUAAAGGCGGUGGCCGAUCUCUAUCAGAUUCCUCUCUUUGCUUUCCAUACAUCGCUCGUCGACAACUUUGCCAUCCGCUACUUCGGUCCCAGGCUUGUCUCUCUUAGGAUCCUUGGUCCAGAUGGAGCUCGCAGAAAAGCGCAGAAACUAGAGUACAUACCCUCCGCCGCUGCGUUCUGGAGAUGUUCCAUGGUUGUACAGCGGGGAGUACAUAUUUUAAAGAAGCAUCCGCAUGGGAGAAGAUAUAAAGCAGGUCAAGUAGAUCCUCAGCAAUUCCUUUUAUGAGCUUGAGGCCGCAGUGGUAGAAGAGUUAUCCAGAGAAGUGAGUGUGUCCCCAAUCGGUCCUUUGAUUCCAGACAAAUUUCUGGAGGGCGAUAAGAGGAGGACAAGCAGGGUCCUCCCAAGCUUCUGGGCAGACGAUGUGGAUUGUUUAGAGUGGUUAGACAAACAGCCUACCCAAUCUGUGAUCUACGUAUCCUUUGGUAGCAUGGCAGUGUGGAACGAAAGGCUGGUGGAGGAGUUCGCAGCGGGGUUGGAGGCCACUCAAAGACCAUUUCUCUGAAUUGUUCGCUCAGAUCCAAUGGAGGGUAGCAAACCCAUUUUCGAGCCACGAUUUCUUGACCGCGAGAGAGAGGAGCCGCAUAGUUUCUUGGGCGCCACAAUUAGUGUUAGGAAAAGUGUAAAAAAUUUGCAAAGAAAAACAAUAGCACAUUACAUACAGAUUUAUGUGGAAAACUGUAAAAAUAUACCACUGAAAAAUUACGGGCAAAUUUUGUCUUUCGUAUUGAUUCUCAGAAAUUACAAAAUUACAACAAUCUCAAAUCUGAUCUAGUCAUUUAGGUCUUAUUUUCAAAGGAGGAAGAGCUACUCUAUAUAUAUACAAAUUUGAGAAACUUAAUGCAAUAAUUAAGUUCUUAAAUUUGCCACCUCGAACUCUUCAAAUGCCACCACUAUAGUGUUGGGAUGUGAAGUCUAACUCUUCAUUUCACCUUCCUAUCUCUGUCCCUUCGUCUUUUGUUGAAGACUAUUGUAUAAAUAUGAAGGCAAAGUCCUAUGUAUGCAAGCUGCAAGAAUACUAAAAGAUCUCUGCUCUGCUUUUCCUGUGGAUGUAGCCAAAUUGGUGAACCACGAUAAAUACUGUGUUUGUGCAUUGUUUGUGUGUUCCCAAUUUAUCUUUUGAAUUAACAAUUGGUAUCAGAGUGGUUACGAAUCGAGGGAGAGCAAGUUUUAAGGGCAGAGAAUUCAGAACAGUGCUUCCAUGUGUUGUUGGUGGUUGCAGGGCAUCCAUGUAGCUGGAAGGCAAGGACUGUGCAGUUUCAGAAUUGGGCGUUACAUAUGGUCUUGAUUCACAUAGAGGUUGUAAAGUGAAGGUGAAAAAAAAAAAAGAGUUUAACCCUCAUGUUAGUUAUGGAUGUGAUUGAUUAAGACUUUUCAUGUAUUAGGACAAAACAUAUUGUAGAGGAGUUUCGAGGAGGUGAGGCAUCAAGAAGAGGUCCUAGGAGGAGCAUCCCUAAUACUUCUCUUGAGAAAAUAGUGGAUGGCAAAAUGUAUUGCUGGUUGUGUUGCCGGUAACACUUCCCCUUCUACAAAUGACAUCAAAGGGAUCCUCAGGUUUAACAGAAAAUGAGAGGAGUUUGCCCACACACUCUCUACGUGUUUGCAGGAAAAGGAGAAUAAAGGGCAUCUGUGUGUUUGCGUGGAAAGAAGUUUGCAUGUUUAAGACAUGGUCGAAUGUCCUCCAGACUUGUUUCUUGUUUUGAUGCAACCUUUCAUAGCAAUGUGGAGGCAGAGUGUUAUAAUAGAAGCUAUCCCCGUAAAUCCUCCUCACGCCCAACAAUCGCUGCUCACCCACCCAUUGCUACAAACCCUAAUUAAUAGCUAUGGCGCCAUUCAAAAUAUCACCCACAGUAAUGCUUUUCUUAACGUGCAAUACUUGAACGAGCAGGAUGCUUCUUCUGCCAUUCUACACCUCGACGGACAACAUUUUUUCCUUUCUAUUUUUCAUAAAUGGGGUUACUGAUCACGUUUACGCGAGAUUGUCUAUUCAGAAAAGUAGCUCCCCAGGUCGGCCAUUUCACGGCCUAUGGGUAUACCCCUUCAUGGGCUCUGUGUUUUCCUUGUGGAAGAACCGAGCAAGGUUGUUAUAAUGGUAUACUGAGAUGCUUGCAGAGAAUCCCACACAAACCAUCGUGGUUGGGAGAUUGGGCGAUAGGCGGAUGGUUAUGACGGCAAACAUAGAGAACAUUCUGAGGACCAAGUUUGAGAAUUAUCCCAAGGGCGAGGCAUUCACUGUCAUUUUGCAUUACUUGCUAGGCAGAGGGAUCUUUAAUGUGGACAGAGACGGGUGGAAGAUGCCGAGAUGGUUCGCGAUCAAUGAGUUCAACAUGAUUGAAUAAGCUUAUAUGUGGCACUCAAUCAUCUACAAGGUUUAUACAUAUAGAGUCCAACAUGAUUAUACUAUGAAUCACUUAAUAAUUUACUAAGUCAAUACAACCGAGUUGUAGAGUCCUAGUUGGAGACAACUUACUAAAUAUACUUCUAGUAAGUACCACUCACACAAUUACAUGUAUGACACAUACAGAACCAGAGUCCUAAUUGAUAACAAUUUGUAUGACACAUACAGAAAGCGAGUCCUAAUUGACUUCACAUUCCAACAGUUAGAGGUGUUAUCUCAUCCUUCCAUAGCUUGCUUUGUGAGUCACUGUGGAUGGAACUCUGUACAGGAGAGCAUCACCAUGGGCGUGGCAAUGAUCUGCUCGCCUUAUUUCACAGAUCAGUUUCUUAACCGGACAUAUAUUGUGGAUGUCUGGAAGAUCGGACUGCCUUUGGAAACGAAUAAGGAUGGAGUAAUAGAGAAGGGGGAGAUUACUAAAGCCGUUGACAGAAUGCUUGUCAGAGAAGACGGCGCAGAGAUAAGGAAGCAAGUCACCAAAUUAAUGAGAAACAGUAGUGAUACGGUGAAGGAAGGAGGGUCCUCGUUCAACAACUACAGUAUACUUCUUCACCAGAUGAAGAAGCAUCUGGCUGACUGACAAAUCUUCAGAGAUCAUUUUGAUUCGUUCGAGUUUGGGGCUUGGAGCAAGCUGGACAGUUGAAGUAACCAUUGUUUCGGCCUAAAUGUUUCAAAUCUGAUGAUAAGAUUCAGUGAUGGGUGUUGGGUGUUUAUGUCACGGAAAAUAAAAUGUAUAAUCAUCUUCUUUUCGUAGUGUUAUACAAUUCGUUUUUGGGGUUCAGAUA